AUGUCUUCUAUCUACAAAUUCGCGCUCCUGGCCUUUGCCUCCACUGUCUUCUCUGCCCCCCAAUGGACCGGCAGCGCAGCCACAGGCCAAGUUAUCACGCACUGCACCACUCCCAACACCAUUGCCCUAACCUUUGACGACGGCCCGUCCCCCUUCACCAACCAACUCCUUGACAUUCUCGGCGAAUUCGGCGCAAAGGCAACCUUCUUUGUACUCGGCGAUGCCGCCAGCUCGUCUCCGGACGCAAUCGUACGCGCACGGCGCGAAGGCCACCAGAUCGGUUCUCACACUUUCGCCCAUCUGAGCCUCCCGUCCCUGUCCAGCGCAGAAGUCGCACAACAGAUGACCCGACUUGAAGACACCCUGCGUCCGAUCAUGGGCGACGCACCCACCUACAUGCGCCCACCGUAUCUCGAAAUCAACGACAAUGUUCUCUCCGUGAUGCGCGAUCUCGGAUACAAGGUGAUCCAAAGCAGCGUCGACACGAAGGACUACGAGAACAACGAGCCGUCGCGGAUCAGUCUCAGCUUUGACAAGUUUGUGAGCGAGGUGAAUGGUGGUGGGAAUGUUGUGUUGGCGCAUGAUAUUCACGAGCAGACGGUUGUUACUCUGGCGAGGAAGAUGUUGGAGGAGAGUAAGGCUAGGGGAUUGAAGGUUACUACCGUGGGCGAAUGCUUGGGCGAGACGGAGGCGGAGUGGUAUCGCCAGGGCCGCUAA